CAGAUGAGGGCACAUCUGCCGGAGUCCGAACUGCCUCUUUCGAGAGAGACUUCCACACCUCAGCUCGGGGCGUUUCGMUCACCAGUCACUUGGAAUUGUACUCUCCUUAUCAAGGCUCUCUUUGGUACCUGCCGAAAGACAUUCUGACAUGAAAAUGCAUGAUGUUAUCCAAUAUGUYCCAAUUAUUAUGAUAUCGCACAGAAUUAGGACAUCGUCAUCUCUAUCCUUCAGGAAAAACUUGUUACAGUAAGAUUGAGAGAGGGAUUUUUGCCUGGUUGAGUACCAUCUAAACAUGCAACAUGAAUCCCACUAACAGCACUGGAGCUGGUGGGCUUGCGCCCUGGAACUUAAACAGCUCCUUGAGCAACAUUUCCAGUGAUGUCUUCUCAGCCAACCUCAGCUGUAAUGAAUCUGGCACCAAUGAGACCUGUGUGGCGGGGGAGGAGGUGGUGGGAAGCCCCUAUAAAGCCGUGGAGAUGGUCUUCAUCGCCCUGGUUACAGGCUCCCUUAGUUUUGUCACUGUCACAGGCAACAUCCUGGUGAUGCUCUCCAUUAAAGUCAAUCGGCACCUCCAGACUGUCAACAACUACUUCCUGUUUAGCCUGGCGUGUGCAGACCUUAUCAUUGGUGCGUUCUCCAUGAACCUCUACACUGUCUACAUCAUCGUGGGCUAUUGGCCCCUGGGACCUGUAGCGUGUGACUUGUGGCUGGCCCUGGAUUACGUGGUGAGCAAUGCUUCUGUCAUGAACCUUCUUAUUAUUAGCUUUGACCGCUACUUCUGUGUCACCAAGCCCCUGAGUUAUCCAGCCAGAAGGACCACCAAAAUGGCUGGGCUGAUGAUUGCAGGUGCCUGGAUUCUCUCCUUCAUUCUUUGGGCCCCUGCUAUCCUGUUUUGGCAGUUUAUUGUUGGAGAGCGCACGGUUCCACCAGGAGAGUGCUACAUCCAAUUUCUCUCCAACCCUGCCGUCACUUUCGGCACAGCCAUCGCUGCCUUCUACCUGCCUGUGGUCAUCAUGAUGGUGCUCUACAUCCACAUCUCUCUGGCCAGCCGCAGCCGGGUGUCCAAGCAGAAGCCUGAGGCUGAGAAAAAGAAGAAGGGCCUCAAGAUACCUAACCCACUCAAGAGCCACAUCCUUAACAGACAGAAUAACAACAACCAGUCCCCCAAGCCCAGUCUGGAGUCCUGCAACACUGGUGAAGCUGUGAAGAAUGGCAAGAUUGAUGAGUCUGUUGUUUCCACCAAGGCUGACGCUAGUGUCAAUCGAGAAGAGAAAGAGAGUUCCAAUGACUCCAGCACAGCCAGCAUUGCCCCAAAAAACGCCAAGGAGAGGGCCAACAGUGAAGCCACUGUCGGGGGGGGUUUUGGCGUUGCUCCUGCACCAGCUCCUGCUCCUGCUCCUGCACCUGAACCUGCACCUGAACCUGCACCUGCACCUGCAGCGGCAACCGUCAAACUCAACCCUGCCUCUAAAUGGUCCAAGAUCAAGAUUGUAACRAAGCAAGCUGGUGACGAGUGCAUUACCGCCAUCGAGAUUCAGCCACCCAUCCAGGGGAGCGAGGGCCGCUCUAUCCCAGUCAACCGUCCCCGGAAGGUGGCGCGCAAGUUUGCCAGUAUUGCCCGCAGCCAGGUGAAGAGGAAGCGCCAGAUGGCAGCCAGGGAAAAGAAGGUGACCAAAACCAUCUUCGCCAUCCUGCUUGCCUUCAUCCUCACAUGGACCCCGUACAAUGUCAUGGUGCUCAUCAGCACCUUCUGCCACUCCUGUGUCCCGGACACUGUGUGGGCCAUCGGCUACUGGCUGUGCUACGUCAACAGCACCAUCAACCCAGCCUGCUACGCCCUCUGCAAUGCCACCUUCAAGAAGACCUUCAAGAACCUCCUCAUGUGCCAGUAUAAGAAUAUUGGAACAAGAUGAACUGGAGCACACAUACAGUAGUAGGGCUGGUGAGGGGUAAUAUUACUGAGACAUCUGGAGGGCUGAGUGGUAGAGUAGGAGGGGAGGAGGGAGCCUCCACAGGGAGCCUCCUCCUCAGUCAUGCUUAUGAAAUUAUGUCACACUCAAUGCUCCUCUGAGAUGUCUUGGCCACAGAAGAUAGUAACAUCAUAGCUAUGUCCAAAUGAUACAGUAUGAAUAUGAUGGCCAAUGUGAGAAUGGGGCAAAUGAAGAAUCUGAGACCUUAACGCGAAGACCAACAUGGACUAAUUCGUAUCCACUGAAAUGUGGUAACAAUCUUCAAAAAGCCCAGCUGAAUGUCAGUAGACUAAGGCCAACACCUGAGUCAUCCCUCUCCAAGAUACCACCACCUAACCAGAGACACUGAGGGCAGUGUUACAUCAUGUCUGGGUGUACGG